CCGACUCUCCUGUGAUACAGCCUGUUGUUGCCAGUUUCAUCGGUGAUUCAUAUCAAUGUACUGCUGAUCUGUGUGAAUCUAAUGUGCAGUGUGUGACCUUUGAUCAAGGUCAAAAUAAAAAUUUUAAUUCUUUGAGUAAUAGGCAAAAAGAACAAAAUAGGACACAGCCUUUGAAUGAAAUGGGGGAACAUUUGGCCUUACAAAAAAGCAACUGUGAUAAAAAUUUAAUAAACAAAGACUCAAGUGGUACAUUUUUAAGCGCAAAUUCCAACAUUUUGACUGUAAAUUGUGACUCGGCUAUUUCUGUGGAGAGUGCUUUAACUGAUGCAAAUUCGCAUGCUUCUUACAUUUCCCAUAAACUUCUGAAGGGCUCCGCUCUUGAUUCUUCAUUAGCAGACGCUUCAUCCAUAUCCACUAUUCCUAAUAAAGAUUCUGUGUCAAAAAACCUAUUUCAGGAUUAUAGUAUUUCUUCAUCCCAUAAAAAUUUGUCACAUAGUACAGGGGCAAAUUUACCCAAUUCAGACAACCUGUUUGCUGUAAGUAACCAUCUGAGCGAUUCCAUAACCAAUGAGAUUUUAAACAAGACAUCACAAAAUGGAGAAAAGUCUAUGCAAGACAAAACUAAAGAGAAUACCAGUGAUCAAAAUCCGACAACAUUCCUUGGAGGAGGUGAGGUGACUUCGACAGAAAAAACAGACGUAAUUAAAGGAUUAUUAUCCAAC